AUGGCACGAAGCCACCAAAGUGCUGAUCAGGCUGACGCGGUGGUGGACAUCGCGCUGCCAGCCGUGUAUGAGACGGGGGUGACACGCGCGUACUCACACAGUCACACAUGCACAGGCAUGGUGUUCGACUCCUUGCCAAGUAGAAUUAAUUUACAAUUGCAAAAGCACUUUGGUGUAAACAAUUGCAAAGCAUCCCAACGAGGCCACGGUAUAGUUUACUAUGAUAAUUUUACUAAAAACAAGGUGUUGAUGAUAAAUCAAUACUCCACAGUGAACCAAUACACACCUGGUCUGGUGUACAAGAAUUUCACAAUAACCAAUGGGCCACAGAAUCGAGCAAUAUUAACAAGCAGAGCUGUUAAGCAGGGAAUUGAAGUUCCAUCUGGGGUUGAGAUAGCUGUGAAGAAGCUCAGACGAAUUCUAGGCGUACAAGAUAAGCAGUUUAAGAAUGAGGUCAAUCAUCUUGCAAGGGUCAAUCACGAUAAUAUAGUAAAACUAAUAGGUUACUGUGAUGAAACAAAAGAAAGACCUGUGUACGAUGAGGAUCGGCACAAGUAUGUCUUGGCUGAAGUGCAAGAGAAGCUGCUGUGCUACGAGUACCUGUCGAACGGAAGCCUUGACAAUAUAAUCUGUGGUAAGAGUGCAGCUACAUUCAAGUAA